AUUAAAGGAAGACCAACUAUUGGAAUCCAGGAUGAGAAGACAUAGAAGCAGCAGCUAGCUGAACAGCUGUAAAAUGCCCAGAUCUGGGUUCCCAAAACCAGUUCAGAGUGAAAAUUCUGACAGUGACAGCAAUAUGGUAGAGAGGCCAUACGGAAGAAAGAGUAAAGACAAGAUUGCAUCUUACAGCAAAACUUCAAAAAUUGACCGAGGUGAUAUAGGCAAGGAAAUGAAAGAGAAACCGUCCAUGAAACGAAAACUGCCUUUUACCAUCAGCCCAUCAAGAAACGAGGAGCGAGACUCAGACACAGAUUCAGACCCAGGACAUACAAGUGAAAAUUGGGGGGAGAGACUUAUCUCUUCUUACAGGACAUACUCAGAGAAAGAAGGUCCAGAAAAGAAGAAAACAAAAAAAGAAGCUGGAAGUAAGAAAUCCACCCCAGUUAGCAUCCUUUUUGGUUACCCACUCUCUGAACGGAAGCAGAUGGCACUUGUAAUGCAGAUGACAGCAAGGGACAACAGUCCAGAUUCUACACCAAGUCAUCCCUCACAAGCAACACCAGCCCAGAAGAAGACGCCCAGUUCUUCAUCUCGACAAAAAGAUAAAAUUAAUAAAAGAAAUGAACGUGGUGAAACUCCUUUACACAUGGCUGCUAUUCGAGGAGAUGUGAAACAAGUCAAAGAAUUAAUAAGUUUAGGGGCAAAUGUGAACGUGAAAGACUUUGCAGGUUGGACACCUUUACAUGAAGCGUGCAAUGUUGGAUAUUAUGAUGUUGCUAAAAUACUUAUAGCAGCGGGAGCAGAUGUUAAUACCCAAGGAUUAGAUGAUGACACCCCCCUGCAUGACUCUGCCAGCAGUGGCCACAGAGAUAUAGUGAAGCUCUUGCUUCGUCAUGGUGGGAACCCAUUUCAAGCUAACAAGCAUGGAGAGCGUCCGGUAGACGUGGCAGAGACAGAGGAGUUGGAGCUGCUGCUAAAAAGAGAGGUGCCUUUGUCUGGCGACGAUGAAAGUUACACAGAUUCAGAAGAGGCUCAUUCUGUAAAUCCUUCUAGUGUUGAUGAAAAUAUUGACUCAGAACCAGAGAAAGACCCUUUCAUCUGUGAAAGUAAAGUUCUCCCAAGUAAAGCCCCGCUCCCAUCUGCUUUGGAUGAGUACGAGUUCAAAGACGAUGACGAAGAAGAGAUAGGUCGGAUGAUCGACGACAGGCAUAUUCUUAGAAAAGAGCAACGAAAAGAGAGUGAAUUGGAAGCAGAAAAGAGUGGUUUGUUUGCAAAACAGGAGAAAGCCUUCUAUUGUAAAUCAUUUAAAGCUAAGAAGCAGAAGCCGUCGAGGGUUCUGUAUUCCAGCACCGACAGUUCUGAUGAAGACCUUCUCCAGGGCAGCAAAAGGGCUUCUACUACAUGUUCUGUCCCUGAAACAUCCAGUGCUGACACGCAAGCCAGAAGAGAAUAUGAAUAUAAACAGAAAGGCAAAGUGAAGAGGAAAUUAAAAAACCAGAAUAAAAACAAAGAGAACCAAGAGCUGAAACAAGAGAAAGAGGGGAAAGAAAACACCAGAAUAACAAACUUGACAGUUAAUACUGCACUGGAUUGUUCAGAGAAAACCAGAGAGGAGGGCAAUUUUAGGAAAUCUUUUAGCCCAAAAGAUGAUACUUCGCUACACUUAUUCCAUAUUUCCACUGGUAAAUCUCCCAAACAUGCUUGUGGAUUAAGUGAAAAACAGUCCACACCACUAAAGCAAGAACAUACGAAAGCAUGUAUCUCUCCAGGGAGCUCUGAAAUGUCGCUACAGCCCGAUCUUGCUCGGUACGAUACUACAGAACCUGAAUUCUUACCAGAAAACACAAAUUUAAAAUCCUAUAAGCAUAAGGAAAAAAGCAAACAUCAGAAAGAUUUCCACCUAGAAUUUGGUGAAAAAUCUAAUGCCAAAAUGAAAGAUGAGGAUCACAAUCCAACCUUUGAAAACUCAGAGUGCACGCUGAAGAAGAUGGAUAAAGAGGGUAAGACACUGAAAAAACACAAGCUGAAGCAUAAAGAGAGGGAGAAGGAGAAGCACAGAAAGGAAGCUGACAGUGAGAAAGAAAAAUACAGAAACAAGGGUAACCCUGAAGAGCUGCAGAGGGGCAUUGAGUUUGACAGAGAGUUUUGGAAAGAGAAUUUUUUUAAAAGCGAUGAAACUGAAGAUCUCUUUUUAAAUAUGGAACAUGAGUCCCUAACAGAAAAAAAGUCAAAACUGGAAAAAAACAUGAAAGAUGACAAAUCAACUAAAGAAAAACAUGUCUCAAAAGAGAGGAGCUUUAAAGAAGAGCGGGAAAAGACUAAAAAGGAAAGUGAAAAAUCUCUUAGGGAGGAGAAGCUGAAAGAAGACAGAGACAGCAUGUCCACAGAGAAAGACGUGGAGUGUGGUUCUGUGGGCAUCGCUCUAAACCAGGAGUCUGUCGGGCCACACUCAGCUGAAAAGGAGAUGGACAUUGAGAAACAAGAAAAGCAUACGAGAGAAAGGGAAAAGUCUGACAGAAGAUUUCAAACUAAGGAAAAAGAGGUGGAGAAAACUGAAAGAAAAUUUUCAGAAAAAGAAAAGAAGAUGCGACAUGAACAUAAGUCAGAAAAGGAGAAAUGGGACUUUAGUGAGAAUGUUGACAGAAUCAAAGAGAAGGACAAGCUGUGGUCACAGCAGACAGAGAGGUGUCAGAAAGAGGGGGAGAAGACAAAAAACACGGUUAAAAAAACUGAUGACAGAGAGAGAAACAGAGAAAAAGUGGAUAGAAAGCAUGACAAAGAAAGGCCUGAAAAAGAGAGAUGUUUAGCAGAAAGCAAAGAAAAGCACUUGGAGAAAAAAAAGUGUGAUAAUAGUGAGUAUACUAAGUCAGAAAAGGCCAGAAAUAAAGACAGGGAAGGAGAGAAGAAGGAAAAAUUCAGAGAUAAAGAAAGUAUAAACAUAACCAACUCCAGACAUUUACAAGAAGAAAAAAGGUCAAGUAUAGGAGACAGUAGUAGUAAAAUCCAGCAUGAGAAAACUGUGUCCCUUAAAGAAAAGGCAAGGGAUGAACCUUUGAAAACUCCAGAUGGCAAAGAGAAAGAUAAAAAAGAUAUAGACAGAUACAAAGAACGAGACAAACGUAAAGAUAAAAUCCAACUAAAUACUCUAAUCAAGCUAAAGUCUGAGACAGAUAAGCCUAAACCUAAAUCAUCACCAGCCUCAAAAGACACUCGCCCUAAGGAAAAGCGGUUAGUGAAUGAUGACUUAAUGCAGACAAGCUUUGAACGGAUGCUCAGCCUUAAAGACCUAGAAAUAGAACAGUGGCACAAGAAACAUAAGGAAAAAAUUAAGCAAAAAGAAAAGGAACGAUUAAGAAAUCGUACUUGUUUAGAGCUUAAAGUAAAAGAUAAAGAUAAAACAAAGCAUACACCCACUGAAUCAAAAAGUAAAGAAUUUGCCAGAUCAAGAAGUUCAGAACUGACUGAUGCUUAUAACAAGGAGAAGCAAUCUAAAGAUGCUGGCAGUAACCGGUCACAAUGUGUUGACAGCAAGAAUGUGCUGAAUUUAGGGAAGUCACCCUUUAUUCCAGAGAACAGCUCAAACCGCUCUCCUCGCUCGGAAAGUGAGAGGCUGGGCCUGAGCUCCAGAUCUGUGUCCAUGAUUUCUGUUGCUAGUUCAGAAGAUUCUUGCCACACAGUGACGACCCCCCGGCCUCCUGUUGAAUAUGACUCUGACUUUAUGUUGGAGGGCUCAGAAUCUCAAUUGUCAUUUUCCCAGUCACCUUUUCUGCCAAAUGCCAAAUCUCCAGCCCUUUAUGAAAGGGAGCUGGAGAGCCUUGCUGACCUGCCGGAACGACUUAAAGCACCAUGUACAAACAGAGUUCCGGUGUGCCAUCUCAGGUCAUCUUCCGUGGAAGAUGUCAAAGUAAUUCCUAGUGAGGCACGGCCUGCUGUAGAAAUCAGAAGAUGCAGCAUGCCCUCAGUCAUUUGUGAACCCACAAAACAUUUCCAGAUACCGGAAGAAAGCGCCCAAGGCAGCUUAGCUGUGCCACGAGAGACCUGUCCUUCUCCCAAACCUGAAGUGUCUUCAGCAGUGCCAGAAAGAGGGCUUCCACAUGUGUCUGAGUUCCACCCCAACUUGGCCGGCUCUCCAACUAGGUCUGUAAACAGCAGGUACAUUUCAUCUGAUACAAACGUAAUCAAGAGUGUCAGUCUUGUGGGCACUUUAAUGGACAGUCCGAUGAACUUGGAACCUUCUAAUCAGGUUGGAGUGAUCCAGAACAAAUCCUGGGAGAUGCCUGCUGAAAAACUGGAGUCUUUAAGCACCAAUGACUUGAUCUGCCCAGACCCUAGCACAUCUGAUCAGGAUUCCUCUGCUCAGAGCUUCUGUCAUUCAGAAAACAAAACGUUAAGAGAACAGAAUACUGACUGCUUAUCCUCACCGCAGACUGAAAUGCCAGGAAAGUCGUGUGCUCAGGAUGCAGCGUCUCUUCUGUCCUCACUGCAACCCUGCUCCUUUUCCAACCAGGCGCAUUCAGAUGCUGAGUCAGCUUCGAAAGCUGUGUCUUUGUCAUGUGGUGCCAGCCAAGAGCCAGGUGUUUUACAAGAGAGAAAUGCAGGGCAUGUGAUUAGCUCUGUUUUAGAUAGCGAUAAUAACUUUACAAAGGAGAUGGAAAAUGCAUUUGUCCUAGCAGAUAUUCAGAAGACUAAUUCUUUUGUACCAGUUUACUCUGAAAGCACUGUUCAAGAAACACUCGCAAGCUUUGAGAAGGCAAGCACUUUACUUGUAUUGCCGUCAGGAAAGGACUUCAGUGGAAGCGAUGGUGCUUCUCAGAUGAGUACACAGUAUACCUUUAGCAAACUCACUUACAAGUCUUCCAGUAGCCACCAAGUCGAGAAGAGCAUAGAUGAUACUCAAGUUACCUCACAUGAAAAAGAAAAGAGACUGCAGGGUUUGGUCUUGACUCAGUUGAGUAAAUGUGACUCUGAUUUGUACGGAAUGGAUGCAGGGAUGCCCAAAGGAAGCCUCAGUGACCAGGACCCUGCAAAGCACAGCCCUGGCAGUGAAAAGUACUUGCUUCCCAUUGAAGAUGAGGAAUCCCAGCAGAGCCCUUUGUCAAGUGUGGAGAGCCAUUCGCAGCCCUCAGCUCAGCCGGAGUUGCACAAAUACGACCAGCUCACCAAAGGAGACUUAGAAGAAAGUGCUGAAGAUGAUAAAACUGAAAACCAGCACCCCCAAAGACUGACUAGAAACAAAGUGAGCCCAGUGGUCAGUCAGAGCAAGCAGAUUCUUGCUGGUUGUACACUCUUGCCAGAAAAAGACAGCGACUCCUCCCCGAGGGGAAGAAUAAGGCUCACUGAAGACGACGACCCUCAGAUUCACCAUCCACGGAAGAGGAAAGUGUCCCGGGUUCCUCAGCCUGUGCAAGUGAGCCCCUCUUUACUGCAGGCAAAGGAGAAGACUCAGCAAUCUCUUGCAGCCAUUGUAGAUUCUCUAAAACUAGAUGAGAUACAACCAUACAGUUCUGAGAGAGCAAAUCCAUAUUUUGAAUAUUUGCACAUCAGGAAAAAAAUUGAAGAAAAACGCAAGUUACUAUGUAGCGUUAUUCCUCAAGCUCCUCAGUAUUAUGAUGAAUAUGUAACAUUUAAUGGAUCAUAUCUCCUGGAUGGAAACCCCUUAAGCAAGAUUUGUAUUCCUACAAUUACACCACCACCUUCGCUGUCAGAUCCACUUAAAGAACUCUUUCGGCAACAGGAAGUAGUAAGAAUGAAACUACGUUUGCAGCAUAGUAUCGAAAGGGAAAAGCUUAUUGUAUCCAAUGAACAAGAAGUUCUGCGAGUUCAUUACAGAGCUGCGAGAACACUGGCAAAUCAAACGCUGCCAUUCAGUGCUUGCACUGUCCUACUGGACGCAGAAGUGUACAAUGUGCCCUUGGACUCACAGUCUGAUGACAGUAAGACUUCUGUGAGAGAUCGAUUUAAUGCAAGACAGUUCAUGUCCUGGUUACAAGAUGUGGAUGAUAAAUUUGACAAACUAAAGACCUGUCUUUUAAUGAGGCAGCAACACGAAGCUGCAGCUUUAAAUGCCGUUCAGAGACUAGAAUGGCAGCUAAAACUCCAGGAACUGGAUCCUGCCACCUACAAGUCCAUCAGUAUUUAUGAGAUCCAGGAGUUUUACGUCCCUCUUGUUGAUGUCAAUGAUGACUUUGAAUUGACUCCUAUAUAGCAGUUGGUAUUUGUGUUGGCAUCAUCUUAAACUAACAAUACAAGCGUUAAACUGUGGAAUACUGCCUUUUAAGAAAAACCCUGACAAUAGCCUUUACAGUUGUUAGUGAAGUUAACUAAAGUUGCUUGUGUAGUGAACACUGUCAUUUUAUAAAAAUAAAGAAAAAUAUUUUGGAUCUUAGGUCCAAGUACAGUUUCUAACAGAAAACUAUUAUUUAUAUUGAUCAAAGGUAACUAUUACAUUAGAACAUGUUGGCAAACUGAGUAGAACUUUAAAAAGUUGAGAAAAUCUGUUAACAGCGCUGGAAGUUGUUAGCACUCAAGUAACAAGAUAACCAACCACAAGUACUCAGAGCUCUUGCGGGUUUUAUUAAAAGUACAUGAGUAAACUCAAGGAUUUAAUUCCUACCAAAUAGUUUCUAAUGUGGAAGAAAACCUUGACACAGAGUUCUUCAGUUUAUCUUAUCUGUAAAUUAAUUGUACAGUUUUCUUUUUUGAAAGUUUUAAUAUUGUCUUCCUUUUUAAUAACUUAUUUUAUACAUAUUGUACAUCUUGUAAUUAAGGGUCUAUGUAUACAAGGGAACCGCCCUCAAACGUGUACAGAGAUGACUGUAAAACUUGGUUCUGUUGGAGUGGUACUAGCAGUGUGUUCAGCUUGUGAAGCUUUCAAUAGGGCAUGCGUGUGUUUGGGUUAGCUUGCGUCCAUCCCAUAACUGUCAGAUUGGUGGCUUACUUGUGUCGCAUGCUUUUUAUAGUUUAACUCUUUGUGUAACUGAUGCCUGAGACAGUUUCCUGCAGGAGAACCGGGGCUUUCUCUGUGGGCCACACUGACAGAAUUAGUCAUCAGAGAAGCGCUAGCUCUCUGCAUCUCCCUGGAGAAGCCUGCUUCCCCCAGAACAACAGCCAAUGCCUUUGGAUGGAAAUUGUGAAAUUAUAAAUGUCUAUUUUAGUACUCAGCUAUGAAAGGAUCUGUGAAUAUGUGUAAAUACGUUUAAUAAAUUUUAUUGGUCAUGUUAAAUCAUUGUAAACUUUCUUACAUUGCUUAAAUUUAGUCUUUUAAGCUUAAUAGCCUUUGCACUUUUAAAAUAAAAAUUGAAUGCUCAAAUCAAAAUAAGAUACUUCGUAGUCAAAAAGUAACAGUCUUAGGAAUGUUCCAGUCCCUGAAAUGUUCAUGAAGUUUUUAUUAAUAUGUUGUAUUUUUCCUUGUAUCGAGAUGCAAAAUGUGUAGUUUGCAAAAUUUCAUAACUGAAAUAAGAUUUGGUAUGCUUUUUAUAGUAAACUAAGGAGCAAUAUCCGUAGAACAAUAUGUCUUAUGACACGAUACAGAUUGGAUGUUCAGGAAAGCUGCAGACGAAACCUGCUGGUCAACCUGUGAAACACUCAGAAAGGAAAAGUAGAUUAAUCAGAAAACAUCCUAAGUACAUAGGGUAAACAUUUAUGAACCCUGCCACAAUACUAAGACUGGAUAUUUCCUAUUUUGGUAAGGAAAGAUAAAAAAAUGUGAAUUAAAUGGUUGAAAUUCAGCUCACAAGUUGGAAAUCCCAGCUAGUAAAAGAAAAUACUUGGUUUUUCAGUGCAAAGGUGCAUAUUAAGCUUAGAGAUGUUUGAAUUUUUACAUCAGUUUAUAUUUCAUUCUUACUGUACUGGCAUGCGCAAUACAGUAGCAGCACGUGAGAAAUACACAGUUGGAGGAUUUAACGAAGGUGGAUGUAGUGUUCUUAGAAACUUAGAUGAAAGACUUUGGCCUUUUCAUUGAAUUAAAUGGGGCCAGAAAGGCAGGGUAGACUUUGAAGCACUGGUUUUUGUUGAAGUUAUGUUUAUUAAGGCUGGAAACAUUGGAAGCUAAUUUAUAAAAGCAAUACUUUUUACUACAAAAACAACUUAAUGCAAAGUUUGUUUAUCUUUUAUCCUAGAAAGGAAAUUUGAUGAGCUUAUGUGGCAAAUUACAAAAAUGAAACAGGACGAUUUAAACGUUUAAGAGAGCAGGAGAAAAGUAAUCUGUGAAUCGUUUUUUGGUGAUUGUUCAGCCAGGAGGAGGUUUAGGAAGUGGUCCUGAGCAAACAGAACCAGCUGUCGUGGGGGUGGGGGGGAGGUGGGGGUGGGGAGUGGGGAAGAGCUUGACAGAAGCAGGAACAGCCCUCAGUCAGCCCAGCUUUCCAGUCCUACCCCAGUGCUCACUCUCAUGGUAGCUCAAACAGCUGCAGCCUCUGCCACAGCUGUGCUGGCACACACUCCCUUCUGCAGCCAUCAGGUCAGCUCAGUCACUGUGCUUCAUAGGAAGUGUGAGUUAGUACACAGUUAGGACUCUUGAUGUCAGACUUUCUGAAGGUCUAAAAUACUAGAGGGAAAAUCUCAGAAUGGAGUAUAUAUAUGCCUAAAAAGAUUGGGUUCUCAAAAAUAAGGAUGCUGAAUUUAAUCAGUGAUUCUUUUUAAACUAUUAAACAUCAUGAACAAGAUAUUAAAUUGUACCUAAGGAUUUGUAUUUAAGUCUUGUUCUAAAUCAUAUCUGUUUAAUAAAUGACUAGUUAAUAUUUGUGCAUGUUAUUUAAUAAAGAGUUAUAUUUUUAUAGAAAAAUAAGAGUGAAAUGUGUGCUAAGUGUUUUUUACAUAAUGUUCCACUCCUGUGUAAUUAAGUGAAACACCAGUGUUUACUUGGGCCUCCAGCAAGAUUGCAGAAAUACUCGUCUUGUGGAAACAAUCCCAUUCCAAUCAACCGAGUAAGGAGAGGUCUCACAAAUGCAUUGUAAGUAGGAGGCACGCUGCACAAUCCCCAAAGCCCAUGCACCUCAUUUGAGGGGCACAUGGCAUCUCGUGGUCCAGGAAGCCCAGUGCAGGGUGAAACCGUUUCCUUUCUUUUUCAGAAGGUUAGCAAUGUCUUUAACUCUACCUCUACUGCUCUCACAUGUAAACGCCCAAAACUUCACACAAAGGCUAUUGACUAGUUAAUGGAAACAUUUCACCACUAAAAAGAAAAGAAACAUAUGUUUUUCACCAGGUAGAUGGCUCAUGCCUAUAAUCCCAGCAUUUGGGAGACUGAGUCAAAGCCAGAUUGAUUGGAUCAUUAUGAGACCGUCUCAAUAAAAUCAGUAAACGUUCCAAAUAAUAAUAAUAAUAAUAAUAAUCUUAGGAUAUGUGUGUGAGGUUUAAUGGUUAAAAUUUGUUUUGUUUUUUUUGAGAUGGGGUCUCAAUAUGUAGCCUUGGCUGGCCUGGCCUGGUACUUGCUAUGUAGACGAUACUAACUUCAAACUCAGAGAUCCACCUCACUCUGUCUUCCAGGACUAAAGGUGUUCGCCACCACACCCAGCUAAAGUUUCCUGUAAUCCAUUAUCUUGGUGGCUUCUUGGAAGUCUUGUAUGUGCUUACGAGGGAGUUUAAGACCCCACAGAAAUGAAAACUAGGGUUCAUAAGAGAAACUCAGCCACAUGAAGUAAACAAUCCCAUUAACUCAAACUGCUCUAACUAUAGAAUUUCAAGUAUUAGCACAAAAGUAGCAAAUACAGCGGGAAGGUCAGCCAGUUUCUCCUGUGAGUAAUGUACACAGUAUCCACAGUAACAUAGGUUCGAUCCUGAGGCAUACUUCUGCCAGAGAAAAGUCUGCUCACGCUGGGACCAGUGUUACUACAUGCAAACCUAAGAAAGCACAUUCGUCAUGUUUUUUUUAAAUACAUUUUUUAAAAAGUGGUUACUCUAUCCACAUCUUCAACUAGUACCAGACAAAAAGCCUUUAUGUAGCUAGCUAACCACCCCCACUCGAUUUUUAGAAUGACGUUACAUACCUAGGAUAGGGUCACAGAUUAAUAGUCACCGCUUGUCACCACACAUUCAGCUUUACAUUUGUCAGUAGUUUUUUUUUUUUUUUUAAAUGGGUCUGAUUUAGAUCUAAUUUUUUAAACAACCCAGACCUAAGUAAGCAGUUUGCUAGCUCCUUGUUACAAGUACCCAAAUGAACACAAAAAGUUUUCAUCACCCCACAAAGUCCCUCAUGCCUCAGUCCUCUGUGUCCCCCAGAGGCAGCCAGCGGGUUGCUUGCCUUCACUCUGUGUUAGUCCUACCUAGUCUCAGACUUCGUGGAAAUGAACUCAUGUAGCAUAUACCUUGUGUCUGCCUUCCUUCUUAAGCAGAUUUUUGGAAUUCAUAUGUGUUUCGUAUAUCAGUAACAAGUAGUAAUUUUUAACAAAUAGUGUAAUUGUACAAAUGUGUUCUCUCUGUUCUUAGUGUUUGGAUUGUUUACAAUUGGGAUAUUGUGAAUAAACAUAUGGACAUGGAAACCUUAA